GGCUACUUGGUGGCGAGGUGAAGAGCUUCUGCAGGUGUUGGGGGCGGCGAACGCAGCGGGAAAGACAGAGUCACUGAGCGCGGGGAGGGGGCGCUAGGCCCCGGGGCGAGGAGAUGAGACCAAACUCUUGCGACGCGUACGGGCUAGAACCCGACUCCUGACGCACGUGCCUGGGAGCGCGGCCUGCCACGUGGGCCGCGCCGCGUGGGUCCCGGAAUCUCCGGAGGGACCGGUGCGUUGUGGUGGGAAAUGGCGGUAUUGGCCUGAGUCGGAGGACGGGCUGCACUCGGGAUGUCUCCGCUCGGGCCCGGCAAGCCGACACGUGGUGGGUCCCGGAAAGUGGCUCUGCCGCGGUGUUUCGGGCACGUGGUGGCCUACCAGGUACCCCCACGUGGCCGCGCCGCCUCUUUAAGGGGCGGGGUUGUCUCGCUGGGAAAGGAAUAACGUUCAUGAGAAAACCAAGGCAGGUAAAAAUCAAGGUGACCCCAAGAAAAUGGCUCCUCCUCCAAAGGAGGUAGAAGAAGAUAGUGAAGAUGAGGAAAUGUCAGAAGAUGAAGAAGAUGAUAGCAGUGGAGAAGAGGUUGUCAUACCUCAGAAGAAAGGCAAGAAGGCUGCUGCAACCCCAGCAAAGAAAGUGGUAGUUUCCCCAACAAAAAAGGUUGCAGUUGCCCCACCGGCCAAGAAAGCAGCUGUCACUCCAGGCAAAAAGGCAGCAGCAACACCUGCCAAGAAGACAGUUACACUGGCCAAAGCAGUCGCUACACCUGGCAAGAAGGGAGCCACACCAGGCAAAGCAUUGGUAGCAACUCCUGGUAAGAAGGGUGCUGCCAUUCCAGCCAAGGGGGCAAAGAAUGGCAAGAAUGCCAAGAAGGAAGACAGUGAUGAAGAGGAGGAGGAUGACAGUGAGGAAGAUGAGGAUGAUGACGAGGAUGAGGAUGAAUUUGAACCAGCAGUGGUGAAAGCAGCAGCUGCUGCCCCUGCCUCAGAGGAUGAGGACGAUGAGGAUGAUGAGGAGGAGGAGGAUGAUGAAGAUGAAGAUGAUGAUGAAGAUGACUCUGAAGAAGAAGCUAUGGAGACUGCGCCAGCCAAAGGAAAGAAAGCUGCAAAAGCUGUUCCUAUUCCUGUGAAAACCAAGAAUGUAGCUGAGGAUGAAGAUGAAGAAGAGGAUGAUGACGAGGAUGAGGAUGAGGAGGAUGAGGAUGAGGAUGAUGAUGAUGAUGAGGACGAGGAGGAAGAAGAGGAAGAAGAAGAGCCUGUCAAAGAAGCAUCUGGAAAACGAAAGAAGGAAAUGACCAAACAGAAAGCAGCUCCUGAAGCCAAGAAACAGAAGGUGGAAGGCACAGAACCAACCACGGCUUUCAAUCUCUUUGUUGGAAACCUAAACUUUAACAAAUCUGCUCCUGAAUUAAAAACUGGUAUCAGCGAUGUUUUUGCUAAAAAUGAUCUUGCUGUUGUGGAUGUCAGAAUUGGUAUGACUAGGAAAUUUGGUUAUGUGGAUUUUGAAUCUGCUGAAGACCUGGAAAAAGCCUUGGAACUUACUGGUUUGAAAGUCUUUGGCAAUGAAAUUAAACUAGAGAAACCAAAAGGCAAAGACAGUAAGAAAGAACGAGAUGCGAGAACACUUUUGGCUAAAAAUCUCCCUUACAAAGUCACUCAGGAUGAAUUAAAAGAAGUGUUUGAAGAUGCUGCGGAGAUCAGAUUAGUCAGCAAGGAUGGGAAAAGUAAAGGGAUUGCUUAUAUUGAAUUUAAGACAGAAGCUGAUGCAGAGAAAACCUUUGAAGAAAAGCAGGGAACAGAGAUCGAUGGGCGAUCCAUUUCCCUGUAUUAUACUGGAGAGAAAGGUCAAAAUCAAGACUAUAGAGGUGGAAAGAAUAGCACUUGGAGUGGUGAAUCAAAAACUCUGGUUUUAAGCAACCUCUCCUACAGUGCAACAGAAGAAACUCUUCAGGAAGUAUUUGAAAAAGCAACUUUUAUUAAAGUACCCCAGAACCAAAAUGGCAAAUCUAAAGGGUAUGCAUUUAUAGAGUUUGCUUCAUUUGAAGAUGCUAAAGAAGCUUUAAAUUCCUGUAAUAAAAGGGAAAUUGAGGGCAGAGCCAUCAGGCUGGAGUUGCAAGGACCCAGGGGAUCACCUAAUGCCAGAAGCCAGCCAUCCAAAACGCUGUUUGUCAAAGGCCUGUCUGAGGAUACCACCGAAGAGACAUUAAAGGAGUCAUUUGACGGCUCUGUUCGGGCAAGGAUAGUCACUGACCGGGAAACUGGGUCCUCCAAAGGGUUUGGCUUUGUAGACUUCAACAGUGAGGAGGAUGCCAAAGCUGCCAAGGAGGCCAUGGAAGAUGGUGAAAUUGAUGGAAAUAAAGUUACCUUGGACUGGGCCAAACCUAAGGGUGAAGGUGGCUUCGGGGGUCGUGGUGGAGGCAGAGGUGGCUUUGGAGGCCGAGGUGGUGGCAGAGGAGGCCGAGGAGGGUUUGGUGGCAGAGGAGGCCGAGGAGGAUUUGGAGGGCGAGGUGGCUUCCGAGGAGGCAGAGGAGGAGGUGACCACAAGCCACAAGGAAAGAAGACGAAGUUUGAAUAGCUUCCGUUCCUCUGCUUUCCCUUUUCCAUUUGAAAGAAAGGACUCUGGGGUUUUUACUGUUACCUGAUCAAUGACAGAGCCUUCUGAGGACAUUCCAAGACAGUAUACAGUCCUGUGGUCUCCUUGGAAAUCGUAUAGAUAACAUUUCAAGGGCAAUACCUUGUUGGUUUUGACUGGAUAUUCGUAUAAACUUUUUAAAGAGUUGAGUGAUAGAGCUAACCCUUAUCUGUAAGUUUUGAAUUUAUAUUGUUUCAUCCCAUGUACAAAACCAUUUUUUCCUACAAAUAGUUUGGGUUUUGUUGUUGUGGUUUUUUUGGUUUUGUUUUUUUUUGUUUGUUUUUUGCGUUCUGGGGGUUGUAAAAAGAAAGCAAAAUGUUUUAUCAUGGUUUUUGCUUCAGCAGCUUUAGGACAAAUUAAAAGUCAACUCUGGUGCCAGA